ACAUGAAGACCUCAUUCAUAUAAUGAACCGAGCCAGUCACUAUUGCCGGAUUUUUUGAAUUGGUUUCCUAUGAAACAAAGCUCAACUGGGUAGUGCAAAUUUGAGAAGUCUCAAACAUGUUCACAUAACUUAGUGUACUCUUGUCGGAAUCUGUAAAUUCUGGUUAAUCUGUCGGCAAUAAUGUUACGUUAUGCUCAACCUCGUCACUGUCCAAAACCAACAGCCACCGUUCUCUACCACUCAAUUACCAGCGAUGUCUCCAACAUUACAAUCCCCGAAUCAUACACCGUCACACCGCCAAUCAAACCCUGGCCACAACGCCUCUACCCUAAACGCCUAGUCUCCAUGAUCACCCGCCAGCAAAAUCUAGACCUAGCCCUCCAAAUUUUCCAAUACGCCGCCAAAUUUCACCCAAAUUUCACACACAAUUACGACACUUACGAGUCCAUUAUCCACAAGCUCUCUCGAGCUCGCGCAUUUUCCCCCAUGGAAACCCUACUCACUGACUUACACAAAUCCCAAAUCAAAUGCGGUGAAAAUUUAUUCAUUACUGUUAUUCGUAAUUACGGACUUGCAAGCAAGCCUGAGUUAGCUCUCAAAACUUUUGUUCGUAUCCAAGAAUUUAACGUGCAGCGGUCCGUGAGAUCUUUAAACACGUUAUUGAAUGUUUUUGUACAGAACAAACGGUAUGAAUUAGUGCAUGGUAUGUUCAAGAAUUGUACGAGUAAGUACGGAGUGUUGCCUAAUGUGUUUACUUGUAAUAUUUUGAUUAAAGCGCUUUGUAAAAAGAACGAUGUUGAAGUUGCGCUGAAGGUGCUCGACGAAAUGCCUGCUAUGGGAAUGAUCCCGAAUGUGGUUACUUAUACCACAAUUUUAAGCGGUUAUGUCGCGCGUGGCGAUUUGGUUAAUGCUAAGAAGGUUUUCGAUGAGCUUUUUGAUCGAGGGUGGUUGCCGGAUGCAACGACGUAUACGAUCUUGAUGCAUGGGUAUUGCGAGCAAGGGAGGUUGGGUGAUGCUGUUGUACUUAUGGAUGAUAUGGAGAGGAAUGGAGUUGAACCAAAUGAUGUUAGUUAUGGUGUGAUGAUUGAAGCGCUUUGUAAGGAGAAAAAAAUAAUUGAAGCGCGUAACUUGCUUGUUGAUAUGCUUGAGAGAAAAUAUAUCCCGAGUUCUGCUCUUUCGUGUAAAGUUAUUGAUGGGUUGUGCGAAGAUGGGAAGGUUGAUGAAUCUUGCGAGCUAUGGAAGCAGAUGUUGAAGAAGAAUUGUAUGCCGGAUAAUGCGAUAACAAGCACGCUUAUUCAUUGGCUUUGUAAGGACGGGAAGGUGUUGGAAGCGAGGAAACUGUUUUGGGAGUUUGAGCGGGGAUCUAUACCAAGUCUGUUAACGUAUAAUACUCUCAUUGCGGGAAUGUGUGAGAAAGGAGAAUUGAGCGAGGCAGGGCGGAUUUGGGAUGAUAUGGUGGAGAAAGGUUGCAAGCCUAACGCUUUUGCUUAUAAUAUGCUAAUUAAAGGGUUUUCAAAUGUCGGCAAUGCUAAGGAGGGUGUUCGGAUUCUCAAGGAGAUGUUGGACAAUAAUUGCAUGCCUAACAAGGCGACCUAUAAUAUUUUGAUCGAUGAGUUGCGGAAAAUGGGGUUGGAAGGAGAAGUAGGUAAGGUUGUUAAAAUGGCGGUGUCAGGUGGAGGAGUUGAUAGGGAAUCUUGGGAUCUCUUUUUAACCAAAGUUAUAGCUGAUCUGGAUAGAGGAUCAAAUGCUCUUGAUGGAUUAUUGAAGGCUUAAAAUUGAUUAGCUUGCUCAGAUCAGCACAAACGGGCAAUCCUUCCUUUCAUGCAGGUUCUUUCUCAUAUUUUUAUGGACUAAAGUGGCGUUGAUUAUUGAAAUAGGACUCCGCUUUUGAUAAAUUGUUAUAGGAAUUGCUACAUUGAGCUCAUAAAUUUCAACUGAAAAUUGGAAUUGCCCAAGGAUUUCUCAUGUUCAAGGUCAUGAUGCUCUAAUAAGGAGUUUGCACUCAGUUGUUGAUUCUUGAGAGCAGAAUGACCUGGUUUUACACAGCGGAGGUUGCAUCAAGUAAGUUACCAGGCUUAAUUGAAAACAAGCAGCAGAAAUAUAUGUGAGCGACUUAAGGAAUAAGGAGAAUCUGCAGGUAUGUUCCAGAUUGGGUUGGGCUGACCUCAGACGCCGGGAGUGCAGGUCAGGGAAGAUGAGGGCUGGGCUCUGUUAUUCGGAACAAUGUUGGAGACGUUCUGGCAGGGGAAAACAAGUUGCUGAUCUCCGCGUCUCCAAUUGCUAUUGCAGAGGGUGAAGCAUCAAGUCUUGCUCUCUGCAGAUUGCUUCAGAUUCCAACUGGCAGCAUGUAUUGGGUGACAAUUAUCUUUGUUACAACAUUGUUGAUAUUUGAUUUAUUUUGUAAAAAUAGAUAAAAGAGUUGUAAAAUCAUUGUUGAUCUUUGAUUUAUUUUUGUUUGCUCUAUAAAACAAGAACUUGUAAAACUAAUUUAUGUUAUAAUACUAUUUAUCUUUGAUUUA